ACUUGAGGAAGUUACGACGACAACUGAGGGUCAACAGGGCCGAGCCGACAUUAUCUCCGACGUUCUCCGAAGCAUCCUGGAUGCAGUUGAGAGGAUCGAUGCUAGAUCAGUUACUCUGGAAGCAAACCUAGUUGAACUUCAGCGUUUGCUCAAGGUCCGGAACUCAAGCGGUGUGACCCCCUUGAUUGUUACUACAGGAACUACCACCGUGACAACAUCUGCGAGAAACAAUCACAGCGUUGGGAUACAACAUCCCGGCCCAGACACGGGAACCACUACCACCACAAGAUGUCAAGGGAAUCAGAAGAUCCACACCUACACCCACCUGAUCAAUGCAGCCAACAAAGGGAAGGGUAUUAUAGAAAGCAAUUCCGGGUACAUGUGCGAUGUCAUAAUCCCCAACUCCCCUGGUUACGAUGAUGACGUUGUCAUCGAUGAGAACCUAUCUACCCCAGCUCCAGUUGUUGGCGGACGGCAGAUGGGACUGCAAACUGGGUCUAUGAUGCAUUGGGAAACUGGCACACCUAAGCUGAGCCUUGGCGGGAACACUACGCGCCGCUGUCCAGAUCAGCGGUCAACUGAUAAGAUCUUGCAGGCCUUUAAUGACCUCCCUGGUUUUCAACAACUUGACUGCACAAGUGUCGUGUGUGAGUUAUUCUCGCAUUCACCUACACCGAUGCCUCCACCCAAGAUACCUAAGGUGGAGCAAGCAGGCCCCAUCUCAGAACAUCACAAACCGCCGAUAUCCACGGUUGAUGAUGCAAACGAGAUCCUACCUGAGUUGGCGGGAAAGUCAGUAGCUCCGCUGAGGCAGGGUGGGAGCGGGGUCAGGCGCCCUGGACUGAUUUCACGGCUUGACUCACCUAUCUAUCUCAUACCCCUGAGCUAUGAGAUGGUUUUCGACCCAACUGCGGAUAUGGAUCUCACCUACGAUGAGUGCCGCAUCGCUGCGUAUCUUUACGGCAAGACAGAAGACCUUAAUGAGGUAGUCUUCAAAUUUUAUGAGUUGGAGGUCGCCAGGGGCAUGUUUCACUCUUUGAUCCCAAAAUUUGUUCCCCAUUCUGAUAUUGUGAACAUUGUUGUCCUGUUUGCUUCUCUAAGAGCAUCAAGAGAAACUCCCAUUCGUUUUUGGUUCCUCCCAAGUCCCUUCGCUGUUGAUGUCCUUCAGCUGAGGCCCAUCGACAUGAUAGUCAAAAAAUACCUGUGUCGCUGGAUGCCUGCCAUAACUAAACUGGAGAAGGUUAUUAUUCCCAUAUGUGAACCCAGUCAUUCAUGGUAUAUUAUGGUAGUCCACGUCAAACAAGGCAAGGUUAACGCUCUUGAUAUCACCAAGACUAAAGAAACCAUGGAACGUAGAGAGCGCAACAUGCGUACAAUCAUGAUAACUUUGUCACAAAUUUUCAAGCAAGAGCAGAAUCUUAGCAGUUUCACAGAGAUCUCUUCUGAUCCUAUAACUUGGGGACCCAUCAAUUAUCCCAAAGGAGUACCCAACCUACCAAACAGCAACGAUUCCGCUGUGUGGUGCCUUUACUGGCUGCUGAAUGAUGGGUUACUUGACCCUAGGAGGCUUGGUGUCAUGAUGAACGGAAAGGUGAGAAUGAAAACUGCAACAACUAUCAUCUUGUCUGACUGGAACCAGAAGAAGCAGGUUGUGGAUGAGGAGGCAGAGAAGCUGUAG